CGGUUCUAUUGGAUUGGUUUAGUGCUGCCUUCAUUGAAAUCACCAUGGUUGGCCACGGCGUCACGGGGGUGCUGGGAGAAGAUGGAAUCCACGUUGAUAUGAACCACCUGAAGAAGGGUGAAGUCAACCUAGGAACCUCGAUUAUGGCCAUCAACUUCAAGGAUGGCGUCAUCCUUGGAGCCGACAGCCGCACCACAACUGGCGCCUAUAUCGCAAACCGAGUGACCGACAAACUGACGCAGGUGCACGACACCAUCUGGUGCUGUCGGUCGGGCUCUGCUGCCGAUACCCAGGCGGUGGCCGACAUUGUCUCAUACCAUCUCAACAUGUACGGCAUUCAGAACAACGAGGCUCCGACCACGCAGGUGGCUGCGGCGCUGUUUCAGGAGCUGUGCUAUGAAAACAAGGACGCAUUGAGCGCUGGAAUUAUCAUUGCCGGGUACGACAAACGACACGGCGGUCAGGUCUAUUCCAUCCCCUUAGGCGGGUCCCUGCACAAACAGGCGUACGCCAUCGGCGGCUCGGGCUCGACUUACAUCUAUGGAUACUGCGACGCGCACUGGCAGGAAGGAAUGACGGAGGAGGAAGGCGUCAACUUUGUCCGCAAUGCGCUGUCGGAGGCGAUCAAGUGGGAUGGCAGCUCUGGCGGCGUGAUCCGGAUGGUGGUGCUGACGGCCAAGGGCGCCGUGCGGCAUCUGUACCUGCCCGAUACUGGCUAUACGGGCCCCGGGGUGACCCGGUAA